AUGGAACCUAAAUUUCGAAGAAGAGGGGAUGGUCGUCCCUCCCUCUUUGAUUCAGAGGACGCAAGGAGAGUUAAAGCUGAGAAUAGGCCAUGGGCUCCAGCUCGCUCAGCACAGGAAGUUAGGGAGUCUGCAAAGAUGGCUGUUGUGCAGCUUGGUGGAGACCCAGCAAAUGAGCUGCAUCUACUGGGCCAGCAUCAGAUGCAGUUUGGUAAGUUUUGAGGCCAAACAUUUCAGUGGGGCGCUGAAAAUGCCCUUGGGUACGCUGGAUAUGUGGUUGCCUCAAUGUCAGAGGAGUCUGGACGCUCUGAUUCAGAGAGCAACCUGAUGAACAAGCAGAGCAUUCCAGAGGUAUAUUUCCCACUAUCCUGCAGGCCAAUAUGCCAUCCAGGUUAAGUUGGAGGAAAAAGCCUCCAAAAGCUCGACUAAACCUGCCACUGCCACCACCACACAACCCUCUACCUCAUCACAACCCUCCACCUCCACUUCCCCACGUGUGUCUUCAGCGUCUGUAUCCUCCCUGCAGUCAUUGUUGGUAGGGAAGGGCAGGUCUCAGCAGACUAUCAGUAAGUCUGUGAAGAAGCUGUUCACACCCCAAAAGUUUCAGCCAUGUAAGUAUGCACUUGAAAAUAGACUUUGUAUAACACUGAGUUGUGGGUGUUUUUUUUUUUUUUUUUUUUUUCAUUUUUUCAUGUCCUCAGUUUUAAUGUUACUCCUUUUUAGCUGUUCCUGCUUAGUCCCCUGCUGAAUCCACCUGAGAUGGAGUCAGACAUAGCUGGUAUGUUGCUGUUGUUCCAAAAAUUCACACUCUCUGUCUCUCUUUCUCCAUGUCACAUACUCAGCUCUUUAGGCUUUAUUGGCAUAAAUGUCUUGUGAACUAAUUUCGGACAUGACCAAAAAAUAUGCAUGAGAUUAGUAUACAUACAUACAUAUAACAUGCUAAUACUUUGAGGUAUCAGUGUGAAUAUUUGAUAAGAAAAACCAGUGAAAUGAAGUAGCGCAUUUCCAUGUGUAUUCUCUCCAAAAGUAAGACUGUGGUUUUAUACAUACCUUCUUUCAUUCCUUCUUUCUCUCAUAUCUGUUAAGUAGAGAGCAGAAUUUGCCUGCCUGCCGGUUGGAUCCCUGCCCUGCCAGAGGUUGACUAGCGCUGGAUUGCGAAGGUGUGUCCCCCCAAGUCGUUAACCUGAUAACCACCUGGGUCAUGUGGUCCCAGAUGUGAAUGUUUGUGGAGCUUCCUGGGGAGAGACCCUUCCAGGUUAAUGACUUGGGGGGACACACCCAGAGAUGGGUUUCCACGACCCAUUCUUUCCACUUCUCCCAGUCGUUUUCUGUCCCCUUCUCCAGUAAUUGCUAGUGUGCUCCUCACAACUCUACACAGUCCAGUUGCCUGUUUUUAAGUCUUCAAGAAAACCAUGACCUGGAUGAAUGAGAAUCUACAUGGACAUCAGUUUCAUUAUUACACCACUAGUACUAAAACGUCAGAAGUACCGAAUCUCAGUUGUUGACCCUUUGUCAGACGCAGUAGUGUUUGUAGUUUUCUUUGUUAACACAGAAGCUCCAACACAUAUUUGUGUAAAUGUUAAUGUGUAUUGUGUGAGGUAAGAAAAGGCCUUAGUCUGAAACACAGUAUUAGAACAUCUUUCUGUUUUUGUCCAUCAUACAGUAUAUAUAUAUAUAUAUAUAUAUAUAUAUAUAUAUAUAUAUAUACAUUAACUGCAUGAAUAUUGUAUUUAUCUGUGGAAACAAAACAUCAAUAUUUUGUCUCUCUCCUUGCUUUAAUUUGUUCUAAUCCAGGUCCCCACAAAGACAAACCUACCUCAGCAGAUGAGGAGUCACCAUCCGCCAUCCACCAGUCAUGAUGUAAGUUUACAUUUUUGAUUUUUUAAAUUUCCUCUACAUCUGUGAUAACUUCAAGUUGACAUUUUUGAGAUAUUGAAUUACAUCUUUGAUUUUUGUGGGUUUAUUUUUCUUAACAUAGGACUCUGUCGGACCGGAUAAUAUUGAAGGCUUCACAGCAGUCCAGGGCUGGGCGGAUCAUUUAUUCCAGUUGAAGGACCAUAGUCUGUCUCUAUCAAGAGAGGAGGCUGCCCACAUCAUUUCUCUCUGGGAGCGUUUGUCAGAUUAUGACAAAGGUCCUACUGUGUAUGCUCCACGCCACCAGGUCCCCCUCCCGAAAGGGAGAUUCAGGGCGACAAAAAAAAUUGUUGUGCCUGGUGUGGAGAGUACAAAACGGUACGUAGUUUUUGUCAAGCAAGAAUAACAAUGAUACAUGCUAUUGCAUGAUUAAUGUACUAACACCAUAGACUGUAUAUAAGAUGGACAGCCUGGUUCCGCCUUCCGUCUGUAUACGGAUUUGAAGCCAAAAAGCUCUUGGUAAGUUCGGGUUUUUCUCCAUUUCCUUUCAUUCCUUUCAUUCGUAACGCUAAUAGCUUCCCUGCUCGUCGCGACCAAGAAUAAGUAAGUUCCACUUCUCCUAAUAUAAUGUGAAAUGUGUCAGCGGUCAUGUCACAUGUCGGUUCACACAGCUUACUGCAGAACAACUCAUUUUUCCAAUGCAACAAAAGAGAAAAACGAUGGAAAAAUUUAAUCCUCUUCUCUGCUAGCAAACCCGAUUGGUCUUGACGAUGAAGAAAAAAGAGCGACGCACAAGCGGCAAGUGCAAAGUGUAGAGAAUGACGCAAUUUCCUGUUUUUAUAACUCCUAAUAACUUUUUAAAAUAGAGCUGCAGAGAGAAAAAAAGACCUGAACACAAACCAGUCUAAUAAUAACUACAUGUCAACAUCGCAGUCGGGGGUGAAAAAAGUGUAUUUUCUGUGUAAUUAAUUUCUAAAGGCCGUCCGCCACUCCAUUCACUUCGCUGGCAGAAGUGGGGUUUAUGACUUGUACUGCAGCCAGGCUCUAGGGGGCGCUGUUCUCGGAGUGGCUUCACCUGGCGAGGAGACAGAUGGCGUCCAUCUUAUAUGCAGUCUAUGACUAACACUAACAAUGCUCAAUAUCUUCGCAGAUGCUUUGCAGCUGGGAGGAGCGCAGCGCAGUGGCCUGACUGCAAUCGUGUCUGUGAGUCACUGUUCGUCGAGCUUUGCGAGGAGUACAGGGGACCCAGACGCAUUGAUGGAGUCAGGCAUGAGCGCUGGAGCCUCGUCACCAGGGCAUACCUCCACAUCCGGCAAGUGAUUCUCAACAAUGCUGCAGUGAUGGAGGGAACAACUAUUCAGCUCCCGGUGGUGAAUAGUGCAACAAUUGCAAGCUGGUGAGUUGGUAAACACUUAACCUUGUGGCAUAAUAACCUAAUAUUUAUGCUAGUUUUUGAGUAGACAUGUUGUACUCUUUCAUUGCCCUAUGGUACACAAAUAUAAUACUAGGAUUAUUUUUAGGUACUGCAAACGUGAAAGGCGACAGGACAUGCAGGUUCUGGAGCAAAGAAUUUCUGCUCCAAAUCCUGCCACAGUGAGCCCAGAGAGCCUGCCUCCUGCAGUGGAGAGGAAAGGCAAUGCCUCUCCCACCAGUGGGAAAGAUGCGCAUGUGUUUGUUCUGCCUCCUAAUACUGCAGGAACAGCCCAGCUGAAGCAGAGACUCAAAACCCCAGUGGCUCCAUGUCUUAGGCCGUCUUUACUUGCAGCUCAGGAGCCACCACUCCAGGCUGCAGCACAAACUCUGCAGCCUGCACCCCAUCCUCCUGUGCCUGCAGCCUGACCUCUCCUGCCUGCUCCCAGACCUUCUCUGCCUGCAGCCCGACCUCUUUGCCUGCACACAGACCUCUCCUGCCUGCACCCAGACCUCCUCUGCCUGCAGCCCGACCUCUCCUGCCUGCACCCCGACCUCUAGUGCCUGCUCCAGACCUCCUCUGCCUGCAGCCCGACCUCUCCUGCCUGCACCCAGACCUCCUCUCCCUGCAGCCCGACCUUUCUUGCCUGCUCCCAGACCUCUUCUGCCUGCAGCCCACCCUUCUUUGCCAACUCCACAACCAAUGGUUUCUGUUAGACCUGCAGGAGCCUUGCCCUACACCACCCAGCUCUACCAUAAAAGGAAACAUCAGGAGGAAGAGAAAACUGGCAAAACGAAAAGGUCUUACACACGAAAGACCAGCACCAUCACCUGCAAACAGUGCCAGAAGGAGCGGGACCCUGCCACCCACCAGCAGUAUUUCGGUAAUUGGUACUGUCAGGCCACAGCCACCAUGACUCUGGCUGAGUGGAGGGCUACACUUGAAGCUCGGGGGUACGGCAAAAAGAGCGAUAAAAAACAGUAA